CAUCAAACCCCAGGCUGCGCUGUCGAUCCCGCCUCGUCCUGCACAAUCGAUCCCGUUGCAGGGACAACCAACAAGCUGAUGUUGCUGAAACGUACACAGUGAAAACGCUGACACGAUGGAUUUCAAUGUCAAGAAACUAGCGUCGGAUGCAGGUGUCUUCUUCACUCGUGCUGUUCAGUACACAGAGGAAAAGCUUGGCCAGGCAGAAAAGACUGAGCUGGAUGCCCACCUGGAGAACCUGAUUGCACGAGCGGACUGCACCAAAAACUGGACCGAAAAGAUCUUCAGACAGACCGAGGUGCUGCUUCAACCCAACCCAAGUGCCCGUAUUGAAGAGUUCUUCUAUGAGAAAUUGGACAGAAAGAUCCCAUCCAGAACCACCAAUGCAGAGCUGCUGGGACAGUAUAUGCAGGAUGCUGCAAAGGAAUUUGGGCCAGGAACUCCAUAUGGUAGUACUUUAAUCACUGUUGGUGAGUAUCAGAGGAGGUUGGGUGGAGCAGAGCGGGAAUUCCUACAGACAUCAGCCAUCAACUUCCUCACACCUCUUAGGAACUUUCUGGAGGGUGACUGGAAAACCAUAUCUAAAGAGAGAAGGCUACUUGAGAACCGGCGCCUUGACCUGGAUGUUUGCAAAGCUCGGCUCAAGAAGGCAAAGUUAGCAGAGGCCAAGGCUGCUGCUGCGCCUGACUUUCAGGAGACUAGGCCACGCAAUUAUGUUCUGUCGGCCAGUGCAUCUGCGUGGGAUAGUGAAGUUGGUGAUUCAUCUCUGAGUGACAGAGAAAAGUUGUGGAGUGAGGAAGUGGAUAAAGCAGAGCACGAGCUGCGUGUGGCUCAGACCGAGUUUGACAGACAGGCGGAGGUCACACGCCUCCUGCUGGAGGGGAUCAGCAGCACACACGUAAACCACUUGCGCUGUCUGCAUGAGUUUGUGGAGGCCCAGGCUGCUUAUUACACACAGUGUCACAAGCACAUGCAAGAUCUUCAGAAAGAACUGAGCAGUGCAAACGGAGAUACGUUUCCUAAUGCUUUUGCUGUGAACGCCUCCACGUCAGGGGUGUCGGCAGGCCCUUCUCCCCUUUCCACUGCCACCCUACCUGGGGCUUCUCCACCUAGUCGUCCCCCAAACCCCUCCAAUGCCCUUGAGUCUAGCACGCUGAAGAUUGAGGAGGUGAAGCCUCCCGCCACUGGCACUCGCAAGGCCAAAGUGCUGUAUGACUAUGAUGCUGCAGAUACAAGUGAACUUUCACUUCUCGCUGAUGAGCUUAUUACUGUGUACACGGUGCCCGGCAUGGACCCGGAUUGGCUUAUUGGAGAGCGAGGCAACCAGAAAGGCAAAGUGCCUGUCACAUACCUGGAGCUCCUAAGCUAGACACCUCGUCCUUGUCACAAAUACAGAGUCCCACUCAAUUAUGCAUGAACAAAUACUCAAGCACUCCUGAACACUCAGUGAAUUUAUCCAGUUUCUUUUUGUUUUGUUUCUGUUUUAUUUUUUUUCCGUAAUGCCUGGAUUCACAUCUGGGUCUGUCUGUGUUACUGUGCAUAUGUAUUAUUGUUUUUUUUCUAGUUAUGUUCGAUAUGUAUGUUGUUUCAUUUGAACACUAUCCUGCAGAAGGCAUUUCUUUAUGAUCCUGUGACUGCUAGAUUUUUCUGAAGCCUUUCUUACCCUCCAAGUGAAGAAAGUAAACCGAAAAGCUUUUGUGGUGGAGUUUUUCUGUGUGUGUGUGUGUGCGCGCGCACGUGUGUGAUCAUGAAGACCCUAAACAUUUAGGCUUUGCUUCUUUGCGUGCUGUCCCGCUUACCAUGCUUGUAUGCUUAUGUGGUCUUGGUUUCAUAUCAGCGUGUAAAUUCCAAAUGAGGAAUCUGUGUGUUUUGUCAGUGGUUGGCAAGACUGUGAUGAAAUUAGGUGUGAUUAUGAUAUACAGUAUGUGAUCUGUAUCUGUGUAUCUGUGAUCUGUUCAUAUUCAAAAGACUUUUACCUUUUUUUCUUUGCCUCCAGUGAUGCUUAUUCACAUUCACAUCUGCUCAGUCAGCACCUUUCGUCUUUGUGUUCUGUGCUUGUUCCAAAAAGCGAUGCAUAUUGAAUGAAUACAGUUUAAAUAUGUAAUAAAGAGAGAUCUACUUGA